AUGGACGUCGACUACCAGGUGCUCCACGACGCGUUCUUCAAGUGGCAGACGAAGCCGCCGCUCAGCGGCCUCGGCGAGAUCUACUACGAGGGCAAGGAGUUCGAGGUGCACCUCAAGGAGAAGAAGCCCGGGUCGCUGUCCGCGUCGCUCAAGGCGGCGCUCGGCAUGCCCGACGGCGCGCCGCCGCCGUGGCUCAUCAACAUGCAGCGCUACGGCCCGCCGCCGUCCUACCCGAAUUUACGGAUUCCGGGCCUCAACGCGCCCAUCCCCGAGGGCGCGUCCUUUGGGUACCACCCGGGCGGCUGGGGCAAGCCGCCCGUCGACGAGUACGGGCGGCCGCUCUACGGCGACGUCUUCGGCGCGCGCGGC